AGCUCGAGGAGAAACACGGAGAAACUUCUGCAGAGAAAAUCUCCAUUUCUUCACUUCAAUCUCAACAACUUUGCAGAAUAUCAUGGAUCCAAACGCUCAGAUUGACAGUGUUCUGGAGAAUAUGGAGACCGACGAUGUGCUGGACGCGACCUGGGCGUUUGCAGAGAUGCUGUGUGGGGUGUGGAGCGACCUUACACCUCAGGCCGUCACGUUUGAUGGCGGUUCUUUCCCCCCGGAGAGGAGAAGUGUUGAAUACACCACCCUGGAGGGCACAAGUCUGACCUUGGAGCAGCUCAUGGAGGAACUUCGCUCUGACCUGCUCGCCCCCAUGAUGGACGCGCAGCAGAGCUUCCUGCAGCCGGGCCCCGUGCACAGCCAGACACAGGUUGUCAAUCAGCCACAGACUGUCACUAAACACCUUGAGGUGAGGCUGUAUCCUAUUGGAUUAUUUGAGGGAAAGAUGAUUUACGGGGCUCCGGGAGACACAGUUCCUCCUCCAGUGAACGCCUGCAGUCCACAAAAGAGAAAGCGUGUGAACCAGCGGGGGAAUGACAGGCCAUACGUGAAGAAGCCGCCCAACGCCUUCAUGGUGUACAGGAAUGAGCAGAGGCUGAAAGUUCUGGCUGGGCUCAGAAACUCUGACUGUGCUGCCGUCAACACCAUCAUUGGACAGAUGUGGAGGGCGCUGUCGAAAAAGGAGCAGGAGAAAUAUUAUGAGGAGUCUGCGAGGCUGAGGCAGAUCCACAACCAGCUCUACCCUGACUGGUCGGCAAGGGACAACUAUGGAAAACAGAGGAAGAGGAGCCCGAGGAGAGCUCGACCAAAGACUGACUUUGACUUCUGUCCAGGAAAAGGCCGUCGUCCCCGCUUUGCUCCUUCAUGGCGAAAUCCACGGGACACGUCAUACAGAGAUUGAGCCUCCUCCCCUCACAGCCUAUCUGCAGCUGUGCUCCGCUCCACUGACUCUUCGUCAGUUUGGUUUUUUUUUUACUCUACUUUUUAACAUUUUGAUCUUGGAUGACAGUCAAUAAAUCUCAGUCACUCUUGGUGUGGUUUUAUACAAAUUUUAUCUCUAAGAUUGUACAAGUUAUUUUUGUAUCUACAUUUGUGUUCUUGUACUUUGAUUAUGGUUGUAAAGCACUUUGUUUUUCAUGUUG